UGCAAUUCCAUCAACCUCUCUCUUCUCUCUGGUGGGAAAGCGAUUGAAGCUUUGAAGCCAUUAAUCAUCAUCAUCAUCAGUGCGGUUGUAUCAGUAGUUUUCUACUAAAAAGAGUAUAUACUUUGUUUAUAUAUAUAAUAUAUAUACUGGAUCCAUCAUAUGCGCAUUGUUAGAGAAGGAAUCAAGCUAAACCGGAGGAAGAUAGAGAGAAUCAACACUCUUCCACCUAUCUAACAACGUCUCCUCAUCAAUUCCGAUCUGAUCCGACCUUCCUUUCUACUAUUUCACUAACCACCGAUUCGAUUGGAUUGGAUUGGAUUCGACUCUUUAAAAGGUGUGGUAGAACCCGAGAUGAAGGGGGAAAAAGAAUGCAGUGUUUGUCAUUCUAAAUUAACGUCUCCAACAAGAACAUUCUCCAAAGCAUAUGACCGACACAGGAGUACGAUGUCUUCUAAAGCUCGCACACUCAAUGUGCUUUUGGUUGUUGGUGACUGUAUUUUAGUUGGCUUGCAGCCUAUUCUAGUUUACAUGUCUAAAGUGGAUGGGAGUUUCAAGUUUAGUCCUGUCAGUGUAAACUUUCUUACAGAGCUGACAAAAGUAGUCUUUGCUGUCGUUAUGCUAUUGUUCCAGGCUCGGGAUCAAAAAGUUGGAGAGAAACCCCUUCUCUCACUUUCCACCUUUGUGCAGGCAGCCCGAAACAAUGUGCUUCUAGCUGUCCCUGCUCUGCUUUAUGCUAUAAAUAAUUAUCUUAAGUUCACAAUGCAGCUAUAUUUCAAUCCUUCCACAGUAAAAAUGCUGAGCAAUCUCAAGGUUUUGGUUAUUGCUGUUCUAUUGAAGUUUAUUAUGAGACGUCAUUUUUCUGUAAUUCAGUGGGAGGCUCUUGCUCUUUUGCUCAUUGGAAUCAGUGUGAAUCAAUUGCGCUCCCUGCCUGAGGGUAAUACUGCUAUGGGUCUUCCAGUUGCAACAGGAGCAUACUUGUAUACAGUGAUAUUUGUCACUGUACCAUCUUUGGCAUCAGUAUACAAUGAGUAUGCCUUGAAGAGCCAAUUUGACACUAGCAUCUACCUUCAGAAUUUAUUUUUAUAUGGCUAUGGUGCAAUUUUCAACUUCCUUGCCAUACUUGGAAUAGCUGUAUUUAAAGGUCCUGAGAGCUUGGAUCUCCUGAAGGGACACUCAAAAGCAACCAUGUUUCUGAUUUGCAACAAUGCAGCUCAGGGAAUCCUAUCUUCGUUCUUCUUCAAAUAUGCAGAUACAAUUUUGAAGAAGUAUUCAUCAACUGUUGCCACAAUUUUCACGGGCUUUGCAUCUGCCUUUUUGUUUGGACAUAAACUAACAAUGAACUUCAUCCUGGGAAUCUCUAUCGUGUUUAUCUCAAUGCACCAGUUCUUUUCACCUCUAAUGAAAGUUAACGAUGUGCCGCAAAAUGGGAACUUGGAAAUGGAUGGCUCAAAUAACUUAAGGUCCAAGGAUCAAGCGUUUCUAAAUAUGACAGCUGGGGCAAAUGAGGAUGCUAGACAUCAUGUUGAGUCAGACGAUAGAACGCCUCUUCUUCCUAUUUAGAUUAAAUCAGGGAAUUGUUGAAACCGGUACAUUAGAAAAGUUGAUAGAACGAGUGACAGAGGUUUGGGCCAUAUUUUGUUUUUGUCUCCAACGAUUCCUUGACGGUUUCUUAUGAAGAAAACAAAAAACUGGGAGAUGCUGGUAAAAUACAUGGAAAAUAAAUAAUUUGAAAUGUGGAAAUUGAGUUGAGCUAUAAAUUAUUGUUAUAUAUAUAUAGCAGUAGUAAUAGUGUUACACACCUUCCUGAUUACUAGAAUGAAGUAUCAUUUCUACAACUGUUAUUUUUUUCCCUUAUUUAUUGGCUGUUUAAACUUUAAAGAGACUAUUUA